GCUCUAAUCACAUUUUUUGGAUGGCUGGCUCUGCUGGGAAAUUGUUCUGUGGCAGGGGGAGAGUUAAUGUAUUGUGGAGGAAACACGUGCUGCUGCAGAGCAAUAAGAAGCUUGUGCUACAGAGUGUGCUUUAGUGGGAGGGUGGGAAAGCGAAAUAGAGAACACUCAUACACUUGUUACAUCUGACUGGUUCUUUGGUCCACAGUCAGCAGUGAGCAACAUGAGAAAUCAGAUAGACCUGCUAGCCACUGUCACUGUUCUGGGAGUCCUGGAGCAAGCCUAUUUUGUGCUGCAGGUGAUCUAUGCCAGGCGGAAGUACAAGAUCUCUCCUCCGGAGACAACAGGCCACCCUGAAUUCGAGCGAAUCUUCAGAGCUCAGGUGAAUUGCUCCGAAUACUUCCCCAUCUUCAUCUCGCUCCUCUGGGUGGCCGGUAUCUUCUUCCAUCAAGGUGUGGCGGCAGCCUCGGGCCUGCUCUACCUCUGCGCCCGCCUCCAGUACUUCCGCGGCUACGCGCGGGCCCCGAGCGGGCGGCUGGGGCCCCUCUACGCCAGCGCCCGGCUGCUGUGGCUGCUGCUGGGCCUGGCCGUCGCCGGCCUCCUGGGGCACUUCCUGCCCCUCGGCGACGCCGCCGGCCGCUGGCUCCGGCUCGUCUUCCCCUGGUAGGAGAGACCCUCGCCUGGAGCGGCUGCCACCGCCUCUGCCCGCCGUGCCACCCACCUGAGCCAUGGAAAUAAACUCUCCGUCCGAAGAAAUCGGCUCUGCGAGUGUCCAACGCCUCGGGGGAGAGGUGUCAGCAUGGCAAAGAGCUGGGUAAACUGGCCCAAAACCUUAGGCGAAGCCUUACUUCAGCCCCCCCGCGGCUGCUUUUCUGCUGCGUGAGGGCUGCGCCAGCACUGAGAGUGCAGCAGCCCCCGGG